GGGAAACAGAAAGCUAGAAGACAAAUUCAGGGAGCUCCGUCCAAAGAAAGAAACUCUCGGCAUCAUGACCGAAGAAAAUAUAUUCCUGUUCGUCCCGAAUUUAAUCGGAUAUGCCCGUAUCGUACUGGCUCUGGUGUCCUUCUUCCUGAUGCCCUGCUGCCCAGGCCCAGCAGUGUUUUGUUACCUGCUGAGUGCCCUGUUGGAUGCCUUCGAUGGACACGCAGCCCGUGCGCUCAAUCAAGGUACAAAAUUUGGUGCAAUGCUGGACAUGUUGACCGAUCGUUGUGCCACCAUGUGUUUGCUGGUGAACCUGGCACUGCUGUACCCGUCCUACACUUUUCUGUUCCAGCUCAGCAUGUGUCUGGACGUGGCCAGUCACUGGCUGCAUCUGCACAGUUCCAUGAUGAAGGGAGCCACUAGUCACAAGGCCAUUGAUCUCUCUGGCAACCCCAUUUUACGGCUGUACUAUACAUCCAGGCCGGUGCUGUUUUUCAUGUGUAUGGGGAAUGAGCUGUUCUUCUGCCUGCUGUAUAUAAUGUACUACAUCGAAGAACCCCAGGUAUGGCUGCAGUGGCUGCUGGGAGUUUGCGGCGUGGUGUGUCUGCUGAAGUCUGGCAUAAGUUUCCUUCACCUCAUCACCGCUUCCCGCAACAUGGCUGCAAUCGAUGUGGCCGACCGAGAGAAAGAGCGGAGCAAAGCACAAUAAGACAUGAGCACAUAGAGAUACCAAGAAAUAGAUGGAGAGAUGCACAGAGAGAACGUGGGCCAGUGUAGAUGAGGGAAAUCAGUCACGGGACCUAGCAAAUCCUCACUGAGCUUAUAUAUAUAUUUAUUUGAAUAUCGAUUAUCAGUGACUUAAAACCAGGGCAAAGAUGUAUCCAUAUUCCUAUUCUAGUUGUGCUGUUGAUGGAGCUAGUUGCACUAUGAGUGUACUAUGUUUAUGUCAUCUUUGGGGGUGUUUUCAUAUUCAUUUUUAUUUUUGGGGGGUUGUUUUAUAUAUGUUAAUCUAAAUAUCAUGCCGUUAUAUUGGGUUUAGAAUAGCACUGCUAUAUUUCUACAAACAUACAAGACAGGCAGGCACAUACAUUCCACACUUCAACUGAAAGCCACGUGAGUAUUACUGUAUUUGGUGGUUGUUUUUAUCAUUUUAUUAUUAUUAUUAUUAUUGAUUUGAACUGUAUUUGAGCCUGUCUAUCACUGUUUUUGUCACAAAUAAUAUUUAUCAGUUUGAAGAGCGCAAAGCCAUUAUGAUUCAAGUGGCUUUGGCAUUAUUUUCGUCCAGAGCCUUCUGAAUGUAUUAUUAGGUUGUAGUAGAGGGGUAGACAUUCUGUUUGCGGUCUGAAGUUUUAGAGCUGUGAUUAUACAUGAUCAGAAAUAUAUGGGCGUUAUAUGAUUGUGGGUGAAAAAACAAGUCAUUUUGUACUGUGAUAAUAAGUGGUUUGACAAUAAAGAUAUCCUGACAGCGAGAUGAAGCUGUAUUUCUUAA